AUGGCCGGGAAGGUGGCGCUGCUCCUUUGGGUCCAGACCCUCGGCCUUGCUGGUGCCCAGACCACCCAGAUCCUGGUGGAGCCUCCCUGGAGGCCAGCAGUGCUGUGGAACCGGGUGACACUGACCUGCCAGGGCUUGGGGACUGCCGGUGCCACCACCUGGUACAAGGACAGUCAGCGUUGGUGGCACGAGGGACAGGACCGCCUCAGUGUCACCGAGAGUGGCACCUACACAUGUGACAGACCCGGAACUGGGCGCAGCCCCCCCGUGACAGUCUUAGAUGCCUGGCUGGUGCUGCAGGUGCCAGCACGGACGCUGCUGGAGGGGGACACGGUGACACUGCACUGCCGGAGCUGGCAGAACAACACAAUCACCUUGGUGUCAUUUUACCACAAGGGGAAGAAACUGGAGGGGCUCCAUGAUGGCACCGAUCUGUCCCUGUCCCCUCUGCAGCAGCACCACAGUGGCAACUACCAAUGUGAGGGCUGGGUGAGCAAAGUGGUGUCAAAGUGGAGUGUGUCAAAGAGGGUUACAGUGACAGUACACAGGGUCUCACUCUCAGGGGUGUCCCUGUCAGUGCAGCCCCCUGGGGGACAGGUGGCACUCGGGGAGAGCCUGGUGCUGAGCUGUGCAGUGGCCGUGGGGACAGGUCCCCUGUCCUUCUCCUGGCACCGGGAGGGCUCAGGGGCACUGCUGGGCACCGGCCCCGACCUGGAGCUGCGCCACGUUGGGGACAAUGACAGCGGCCAGUACCAGUGUCGGGUCAGUGACGGGGACAGCGUGGCCGAGAGUGACCCCCUGAAUGUCACCAUCCUGGUGCCCGUGGCCAAUGCCACCAUUAGCCAUCGUCCCCUGUCACAUCAGGUGCAUGCAGGUGACAAUGUGACCCUGCGCUGCUCAGUGCAGGUGGGCUCAGCCCCUGUCACCUUCACCUGGCUGCACAAUGGGCAGGAGGUGGCCCGGGGUCCCCUCCUGGAGCUCGGGGACAUCAAUGUGGGACAUUCAGGCACCUACCAGUGCGUGGCCACCAACCAGCUGGGACAGGACGGGCACCGCGUGUUCCGGGCACUCAGCCCUGAGCUGGCCCUGGAGGUGACACCUGGCUCACCCUGGGUCACAGCAGUGGCUGUGAAUGUCGGCAGGACCCUCUUGUUCCUGCUCCUGCUCCUGGCUGUCAUCGGGGUCUGUCACUGGUGGCACCGCCGGGGUGCCAAUCUCAGUGACAGUGACGUGAUCGCGCCUUUCCUGCCCCCACCGCUGCCCAUCCUUCUGCUGGUGCUCGCUGUGAGGGUCUCCGACUCGGGGCAUUAUGGCUGUGAGGUGCACUCCCAGGGGGGGUCCGUGCGGAAGAGCAGCAACCGGCUCCGCAUCACAGUGUGCACGCCCCCUCGGGCCCGGCUCCGCCCCCAGCAGCCAAAGCUCCGCCCCUCGCUGAAGCUCCGCCCCUCGAUGAAGCUCCGCCCCUCGAUGAAGCUCCGCCCCCAGCAGCAGAAGCUCCGCCCCUCGAUGAAGCUCCCCCCCAUCAGCCGAAGCUCCGCCCCUCGAUGA